UUAAAGGAGGGAGGCUGCUGGGGACCUUUGCAAGUUUGUUAUUGGGGUUUGCCGGAGUUUUGUCUUUUUUCGAUUUCUGCCUCUUUCCAGGAAACAAACGCGACCUUUCCCCACCUUGCAUCCGUUUUCGCAGGAGCCAGUUCAUUGCACAAGGUCAUGACUUACUCUCUCCCCUUUGUCUGUGAAUGAGCAUUUUUCUUUUGGUGACUUUUGUUUGAGUGCCUCAUGAGCCUUCUUGGAAACUAUCGCAAGAAGACCAAUUAUGACGGCUACGAAUCGUUGCAUUUGGUGGACACCGGUCCCGGGGAUUUGGAUAGUCGGCUGCAAGCCGGCGAUGCAGUACAGGCGGUGAUCCCGGCCCCGGCCCCGGCCCCUGCCCCAACCCCAGCCUCAGCCCCCGCCCCAGACCCGACGGGGGCGACGGCAGCCGGCGGUCCGAUCCCGCAGCCGGCCCGCUACAGCACCAUGGACAGGUCAGGUACCUAUUCUCAAGAUAUGGAACCCACUUUUGGGGGAGGACUGCUCGAUAUAGUAAAGGGAGGAGCUGGAAGACUGUUCAGCAACUUAAAGGACAACCUGAAAGACACCUCCUCAAAGGUCAUACAGUCUGUAGCCAGUUACGCCAAGGGAGAACUUAAUAUUUCGUACAUUACAUCCAGGUUAAUAGUGAUAUCCUAUCCUGCUGAAGGAGUGGAGUUGAGUUUCAAGAAUCAAAUUGAUGAUGUCCGAUCAUUCUUGGAUUCACGUCACUUGGAUCAUUAUACAAUCUUCAAUUUAUCUCAGAAAUCAUACAGAAGUGCCAAGUUUCACAAUAGAAUAUCUGAAUGCAGCUGGCCAGCUCGACAAGCUCCCAGUUUACACAACUUGUAUGCGGUGUGUAAGAAUAUGCAUCACUGGCUGCAGCAAAACCCCAAGAAUGUCUGUGCUAUUCACUGUGUGGAUGGAUGUCCUGCCUCUGCUAUUUUAGUCUGCGGAAUGUUCUGUUUCUGCCAUCUGUUCUCUUGUCCGAUUCCAGCCAUCCAGUUACUGAAUACAAAACGACCAGGGCCUGCACUUUGGCCCUCACACAGGAGGUAUAUUGGAUAUAUCUGUGAAAUGGUUUCUGAUAAACCUACACUCCCACACUGCAAGCCCCUCAUUAUUAAAACUGUCACAGUGAGCCCAGUCCCUUGCUUCAACAAGCAGAGAAAUGGCUGCCGACCUUUCUUUGAGGUUUUUAUUGGUGAAACAAAGAUUUUUACCACUGCACAAGAAUAUGAUAAAAUGAGAGAACAUCGAAUCCAGGAAGGAAAAGUCUUCGCUUCUUUGGGUGUUAGUGCCCAUGGAGAUGUUGUUGUUGCUGCCUUUCACAUGCGGUCAACAAUUGGUGGAAGACUUCAAGCAAAGCUAACAAACACACAGAUAUUUCAGAUUCAAGUCCACACUGGAUUCAUUGCUCCUGGAACCACAAUUUUAAAGUUUACAAAACCUGAGUUGGAUGCUUGUGAUUCUCCAGAGAAAUAUCCCCCAUUGUUUCACGUAAUACUGGAAGUGGAAGUUGAAUCCUCUGAUAAACGAUUUGAUCUGACUCCACCCUGGGAGCAAUGGGACACCAAAGAUCUUGCCCCCAAUAUCCUCUUUUCAAGCCACCAAGAACAUCAGGAAACUUUAGCAGCAGGUAAACCUGUGGCGGAUUUUGAAACUACAUCAGAUAAUAUAAAGAGCAUGGGACAAAGUACGUUUUUUCCAUCCUUGGGCCGCCAAGAAACAAAAAGUGAUAAGAAUGGUGCUAAUCCACCUUCAGAAGACCGAACAGCUCUUGUAAAUGAAGACAGCGAGCCAUCUGAUGAUGAACUUUUGUCCCUCUCGAGCCAACACAGUACUGCUAGCACAGAAAAACAGCACAGGACACAGCAAAGUUGCAAAACACAGGCAUCUUCUCAGUCCUCAGCUCCUGAAAGUGUGGAUCUUCUGGGUUUAAAUGGAGAUGCUACAAGCCAGACCUUUCCUCCUGCUACUCAAGCCAAACCUAUUCCAACUAACUCUGACUUACUUAAUGAUUUGUUUGGCAGCACCUCCUCUAUUCCAUCAGCACAUGGGAGUAGUGGUGCUCCAGGUUCAGCACAUUCUACCCCUCGAAGGUCUGCAGGCUCUCCCUCUCUAUCGCCAUCACCAAGGAUUAGUGAAGGAGCAACAUUUGAUCCAUUUGAUUCUCAAGCCAACCAAAGUGGUCAAGAUUUGCUUGGUGUUUUUCUCAGUCGAAGUGGUGCAGCUUCUCCAGUUGGCCAAGUAGAGCCAUUCCUGCAAACAGCCAGGACACCAUCUCCUACACCACAUAGUGCCGCUGGUGAUCCUUUCAACAUGGGUAGAAUCUCCCCUGUCCUGCCAUGUACUCCAGCUGUCUCUGUUCAACCAGAUCUAAUGGGAGGAUGGAGCUUGGGAUCUUCAAAUGCACCUGCUGGUUCAGCAGCCUGGGCAAACAGAACGGCUUCCUCAGGAGUAGUCAUGGGUGCGAGCAGGUCAGCCAACACCAGUCCUACGAGCUCAAUACAUAGUACCCCUACGCGCCAGCCCAAGCCACAGACACUGGAUCCCUUUGCAGACUUGGGUGCACUUGGUGCCAAUUUAGCAGGUGGUUCAUCGUUUUCAAGCAAACCCACUACACCUACUGGAACAUCAGGAGGAUCAUUUCAACCAGUGGGGUCUCCACAGAAACAAUCCCCUCAACCAGUAGGAGGAGGGUCUUGGCAACAGAAUGCAGGAUUCGGUUGGCAACAAGGUUCAUCUGCCUGGCAACAGCCACAAACUAAACAGUCAAAGCCCCAGCAACCAGUACCCCAAUCAUCUCCACAAAAUAGACCCAACUAUAAUGUGAGCUUUGCUAGUGUGAUUGGUUCUCGAGAGGAACGUGGGUCACGAGGACCUAAUUUUGGAACCCGGCCAAAAGUUGCAGACAGUAACUUUGAGGACUUACUGUCAAGCCAAGGGUUUGCUUCCCAGAAGGAGAAGAGAGGCCCAAAGACGAUAUCUGAAAUGAGAAAGGAAGAAAUGGCUAAAGACAUGGAUCCGGAGAAAUUGAAGCUACUGGAUUGGAUUGAAGGAAAAGAAAGAAAUAUACGAGCGUUGCUGUCAACAAUGCAUACUGUUUUAUGGGAAGGGGAAACAAAAUGGAAGCCUGUUGGUAUGGCAGAUCUAGUAACUCCUGAGCAAGUGAAAAAAGUCUAUCGGAAGGCGGUACUUGUCGUUCAUCCUGAUAAAGCUACAGGUCAGCCAUAUGAACAAUAUGCCAAGAUGAUAUUCAUGGAACUGAAUGAUGCCUGGUCAGAAUUUGAAAGUCAAGGCCAAAAGCCUCUGUACUAAUUUAAUGCAAACAAUUUGCCUGUGUUUACUGUUGACUCUGUAACUGUGUUGAAUGUGUAGUUCCCUUUUUGCUUUAAUGUUGAUGUAUAUUGCCUUCCCUUGGUAAAUCUGAAUACAGGCACUCAUUUACUACAUUAAUUGUGUAGAUAUCACUCAACCAAACAAUUCCUGUUUCAAUAACAAGUCCUUUUACAUGGGGUUUUGUUUAAAAGUAAAUGAUAACUGGAAAAAAAACUAAUACAGGAAUUUUUUUGGGGAUAAAGGUAAGAAUUGACUCCUGUGAUUUUUUUUCUACUUUUGUUUGCAAUGCAAUUUGUAACAUAUUGCCUGAAUCUUAAUAUUUACACUCUUUAUUCUGAAAUACGUUGCAUGUAAUUUGAAACUUAUCAUGUUGAAGUUCUGCUUUUCAUUUCAUUUCACACCAUUUGAAAUUAGUGUAUUAGCAUAGUUGUUACUGUUACUAAUUGCUGGACAAUGUAACAUUACUGAGUCUGUGUAUAUGUAAAGAAAAAUUAAACACCUUGUCUAGGUAAAACAACAAGCUUUAUGGUACAUCUGGAAUCAUCAUCUCAUACAUUCAAUUCCUGAUGGUACUGAUCAGUAUUACUCACUGGCAAUCUCAUUAAGUGUCUUGCCUAAUAGCCACUUGGGAUUGUUGAAAUAUGUUGCAUUGUGAAACAAAAUGGUUUGGAACUGUGCUUGUGGUUCUUGCAUAUUGAGCUUCAGUUAUUAAUAAUGCUGUUGUGAGUCAUUGCCAAGGUGAGGGUUUAGGCAGCUUCAUAGCAACAAGAGGAAAAUAUAUAGGACAAAUAGUUAUGCUUAAAAUGUACUUCACUGGAAUAGUUUCUCCUGCUUUGUAGAAGCUAAAAUAACCAAAAGCUUUCCUUGGCUCUUUUGCUGAAGCAAAGUAAACAAAAAAAAGGGAAGAGUAUUGACAACCUCGAAGAUCACCAUUCUAAAACGAGGAAAGUUGUGAAUGAAGGCUGAGUGGCACAUGGAAUGUCAUGGCAAGAGUGGCUGCAAAUAUGACCUAGACUAUAUUUUGAGCACCAGUUGUAAAUAUAGAAAUCCAUUUUUCAGAUGCAUCCUCGUAUCUAAUGGAAAAUUCCUAAUUCUAGAACAUUAUUCCAAAUGUUUUAUUUAAUAUGCCAUUUUGUUUGUAUACACCAUGUAAUUUGUUUGAAUUUUUCUUUUUAAGAUGCUUUAUUCUGCAGUCUGUGAUAUUGCAGAACAGCUUAAAAGAUUUGUUGUCUAUUCACUUUUGUGAAUCAUGCAGAUCAGAGUACAAGAGCUUCACAAUUUAGUCUUUAUGCCUGAAUAUACAGUCCAUGGAAUGUCACAUUAACUUUGAUUUAUAACUUGUUCCUAUGGUAUAAUGGGAGGGGUGAGUGGGGAAAGGUAAAGAAAGUGUAGAUUGAAUGUUAAAUUCAUGAUGAUCUUUGUUUGUUACAUCUGAUGUCAUUGUAUGAAAUGUGACUAUUAAGAAAAUGUCUAAGUUCUAAAUUAUGUUCAUUACAAAUUGUACAUAAUACUGCCUGUAUUGACAUGAAAUAAACGUGUGUAUUG